AAAACGGUAACACUGCAAACUCUGAAUUCCAAACGACUGUGCGUUUCGUGCGCAAAGCGAUUAAAGAGGUUUUAGUGUUAAAAUGUUAGCCUUAGCAAAUCUUUCGCAGCUUUGUCGUAUUUGUCUGCGACAUUUGCGCCAGCAGCAGCAACAACAGUCACCAAAUGCAACACCAGCCAAAGAUACUCAUUAUCUACAAAGGAACAAAACGAGCUACAAUUCGAAGGCUCUUCCACACUUGGCAGAAAUGUUGAAUCAGUUUUUUGCCAUUGACAUUUUUCAGCAACCGGACACCUUUCCGCAGCAAAUAUGUGCGCUGUGCUACAAUGCCAUGGAAUACUUCCAGCAGCUAUGCACUGUCGCCGAGCAGAGCAACGAGAUGCUAAGGCACCUGGAGCUGACCUUGAUUGAGCAGCCAGAAGUUCAGAUCCCAGAUACGGACGCUGAUGCUAAUGCUGCGGAUGCUGAUGCUGAUCACUCGUUGCCGCUUGUGAAAACGGAGCCCAUGGAAGCUGAGGCGGAACAUCAACAAGAAUACGAUUUCGAGCACGAAAGAUGUGCCGCUGCUGAUGCUGGCUUAGGUGCUGAUGCCGAUGCUUAUGCAGAUGCUGAUGCAGACGUCGAUGUGACCAAUCGUAGCCAGGCUUCAACAAAUGAUGAUGAGACCGUUAUGAGCAGCUGUGCAGCAACAGAAGAGGCAGAGGCAGAAGCGGAGGAGGCGGCAGCUGCGGCGGCAGUUGCUGCUGCCAACAAACGGAAGCUGCUCGCCUGCGAGCAGUGCGGCAAGCAGGUGUACAAACUGCCUUAUCUGGAGGCGCACAUACGCAGCGUGCAUGAGGGUCACCCGAAGCCAUUCCUCUGUCGCAACUGUGACAAAGCUUUCACACGAUACGAACAACUGCGUUCGCAUGUGCGUAACGUUCAUCCGGCUGUGGCCGCUGCCACAAAGGCAGCCAGCGACGAGCUGGAGCUUAUCUGUGAGCAAUGCAAUCGCCGAUAUAGCACCAAAAAUGCUCUCGGUGAACACCUGAAACGGCAUGCGAAGGAGAAGCCACACAUAUGCGAACAUUGCGGUGCUGCCAAGGUAACACGCACCGAGCUGCUCACGCAUCUGCGCAUUCACAAUCCAGACUGGGAGAAGUUCAAGUGCAAGCAAUGUCCACAGCUCUUCCGGCACAAGAGUGCCAUCAGCAGGCAUGUGCGUGUCGUCCACGAGGGACAGCGACGCUUUCAAUGCGGCCAUUGCCAGAAACGAUUCGGAACCCAUGCCUCGCAGCUGCGGCACGAGCGCCUGCACCUGGAUAGAUAUUAAUUUGAUCGGAGCUAGUGUAUUAAUCACAUUCCAAAAA